AUGAUCAGGUCUGGCUCUUCUGUGGUGUUAAAACCUCUUUUCACUUUCCAGCUGCCCCAAGGGAGGCGUCUCAUGAAGGUGGCAUGUCCGUGGGGCAGAUGUAUGGGCAGCGAGUGCGGUCCAGGAGGCAGUCAGAGUCGGGCGGUGUGGUGUGCUCAUGUGGAAGGCUGGACCACCCUUCACACCAACUGCCUUCAGUCCACACGGCCGGCCAACCAACAGAGCUGCUUCCGCGUCUGCGACUGGCACAAGGACCUGUAUUACUGGCGGCUGGGCACGUGGAACCAGUGCGUUCCCAUAUCGCUGCGCACCGGCCGCACGGGCAUUUGCCUGCAGGGCGAAGAGGGCAUCCAGACGCGGGAGGUGAACUGUGUGCUCAAGGCGGACGGCUCGACUGCGGACCACGCCAUCUGUGAGUACUUUGAGCCCAAACCCCGGCAGGAACAGGCCUGUUUAAUUCCUUGCCCUCAAGACUGUGUAGUGACCGAGUUCACCCCAUGGACCAUGUGCUCCAAGACCUGCGGGCUGGGCCUGCAGAACCGCGUCCGCUCCGUCGUGGAGCCACCACUGUUCGGUGGGCUUCCUUGCCCCAAUCUGACAGAGUUCCAGACGUGCGCGCCGAGGGCCUGCGAGGGCAGAGAGACGGUGUUCAGUCUGAAAGUGGGCGGAUGGAGCGAGUGCAAGCUGCCUUCUUUAGCAUCACCUCCGACCUCCUCUGCCGCCCCCUCACGCACCGCCCGCCAAGCCCGCCGGCGGAAAGGCAAAGAGAGGAAAGGGAACCGAGACCCGGAGAUGCGCGAGCUCAUCAAGAGCAAAAGGAACCGCAACAGGCUGAAUCGACUAGAGGACGACCUCUGGAAUAUGGAAAUAGGCUACCAGUCUCGGCAAGUAGUGUGUGUGCAUCGAAACGGAAGCACGGUGUCUCUCAGCCAGUGUCCCCACUGGAGUCUGCCAGAGACGUACCAGUCCUGCCUGAUGCCCAAAGACUGUGUGGUCAGUGAAUGGAGCUCGUGGGGCUCCUGCUCAAAGACCUGCUCGGACCCCAGUGUUCCUCAGGGCUCACUCUCCCGCAGCAGACAGCUGAUACGGCUUCCUACCGGAGGAGGGUCCGAGUGUCCCCAGCUGGAGGAGAGCCAGGCCUGUGAACCUGAAGGGGACGGGGUGCCGCCCUGCGCUGCUUAUGCCUGGCGGAGCACCGAAUGGAGCGAGUGUCGUGUUGACGCGCUGCUCAGCCAGCAGGACCGGCGGCGUGGGAAUCAGACGGGUUUGUGUGGCGGAGGUGUUCAGGGCAGAGAAGUGUACUGCAUCCAAGCCAAUGCAGAACUCCUCAGCUACAUCAAUAACAACAAAGACAAACAAGCAUCACAACCCGUAGAUGUUCGGCUCUGCAAGGGAACGACUCCGAGUACCACGCAGCUGUGUCACAUCCCGUGCCCUGUGGAGUGUGAAGUGUCCCCGUGGGGCGCCUGGGGGCCCUGCACCUUUGAGAAUUGCGAUGAACGCGUCGUGAAGAAAGGUUUCAAGUUCAGACGACGUACGAUCACUAAUUACCCCACGGGUGGCGAGGGGAACUGUCCUCAUCUGGUGGAGGCCAUCCCGUGUGAUGAUCCCAGCUGUUUUAGCUGGCAGCUGGUCAAGCUAGAGGAGUGUAUCCCAGAGGAAGACAUGGACUGUGGAGAGGGAACACAGAUGCCACAGGUCCGCUGCGUCAACAGUGAAGGUACCGAGGUGGAGAAAGAGAUGUGUGUGGAUGAGGUCUACCCUUCAUCUGUGCCCUGUUUGAUUCCCUGCCCUAAAGACUGCGCUCUCAGCCUCUGGACCGAAUGGUCCACCUGCUCCCAGACCUGCUCCAGCAAAACCGCCGAGGGCAAGCAGAUGAGAACCCGAGCCAUACUGGCUUACAAUGCAGGAGAAGGAGGUUCCAGCUGUCCGAACACCAACGCCCUGCAGGAGGUGCGGAACUGUAAUGAGCAUCCUUGCAUCGUGUAUCACUGGCAGACGGGCCCCUGGGGACAGUGCGUGGAGGACACCACCACAUCCACCCUCAAUACCUCCUCCAGCGCAGACAAGUCCACCUGCACCAUGGGCGUGCAAACGCGCAAGGUCAUCUGCGUAAAAGUCAACGUCGGACAGGUGCCGCCCAAAAAAUGUCCUGAAGCCCCUCGGCCAGAGUCAGUGAGACCUUGUCUGCUGCCCUGCAAGAGAGACUGUAUAGUCACACACUUCAGUAAAUGGACAGAGUGCCCCACUUCCUGUGAAGCAGGUGUGAAUGGGCAGAAGAAUAAACAGUUUCGCUAUCGAGUGAUCAUCCAGAUGCCAGCUAAUGGAGGUCAGGAGUGUCCAGACGUCCUUUAUGAAGAGAAAGACUGUGCGACUCCAUCUGUCUGUCCGGGUUACAGGUGGAAAACGCACAAGUGGCGUAAAUGUCAGCUGGUCCCAUGGAGCAUCCGCAGAGACAGUAAAGGAGCUCAGGAGAACUGUGGAGCUGGAGUCCAAACUAGAGCUAUCUCGUGUAGGCAGCUGGAUGGUACAGUGGCUGAUGUGGUUCAGUGUCUGAAGUUUGCCAGCAGCAUGCCGGUUAUGAGCCAGCCCUGCCAGUUACCGUGCCGAGACGACUGCCAGCUCACCAACUGGUCCAAGUUCUCUCCUUGCACCUCGGACUGCGUAGGGGUCCGUACGCGGAGGAGAGCUCUCAUGGGAAAAAGCAAGAAGAAGGACAAGUGUAAGAACAGCCAGAUGUACCCGCUGAGCGAGACCCAGUACUGCCCCUGUGACAAAUACAGCGCCCAGUCGGUGGGAAACUGGUCUGAUUGCAUCCUGCCCGAGGGCCGCGUGGAGAACGCCGCAGGCAUGAAGGUGCAGGGAGACGUGAAGGAGUGUGGACAGGGCUACCGCUACCAGGUCAUGGUGUGCUACGACCAGGACAACAGGCUUGUGGCGACUUCACGCUGUAACAGUCACGGGUAUAUCGAGGAGGCCUGCAUCGUCCCCUGCCCGUCUGAUUGUAAACUCAGCGAAUGGUCCAACUGGUCGCGCUGCAGUAAAUCUUGUGGCAGCGGGGUCAAAGUUCGCUCAAAAUGGCUCAGAGAAAAGCCUUACAAUGGAGGAAGACCCUGCCCAAAACUGGACCACCUUAACCAGGCACAGAUGUAUGAGGUGGUCCCGUGCGUCAGUGACUGCAGUCAGUAUAUCUGGGUAGCUGAACCCUGGAGUGUGUGGAAGGUCAGUAACGUGGAUCUAAAGGAGAACUGUGGCGAGGGCAUUCAGACUAGAAGAGUCAGGUGUAUGUUGAACACAGUGGACGGUCCUUCUGAUGCGGUGGAGGACUAUCUGUGUGAUCCAGAGGAGAUGCCGCAGGGCACGAGGGAGAGCCGCUUGCCCUGUCCCGAGGACUGUGUGCUGUCCGACUGGAGCCCCUGGACCCCAUGUGACCUGCCGUGUUCUGGAAGAGGAGAUCGGGAGAGGACGGCGUUUGCGCUGCGUCUGCCUAAAGAGGGAGAGGACUGUCCGGUUAGCAUGCAGACCGAGCCCUUCCUCCUGAACCGCAACUGCUUUCACUACAGUUACAACAUCACUGACUGGAGCACGUGCCAAUUAAGUGCCAGCGCUGUGUGUGGAAUCGGUCUCAAGACGAGGAUGCUGGACUGCGUUAGAAGUGACGGCAAAUCUGUUGACCUCAAGUACUGCGAGGAGCUGCGCUUAGAGAAGAAAUGGCAGAUGAAUGCUUCCUGUACGGUGGAGUGUCCAGUCAACUGUCAGCUCUCUGAUUGGUCAGCAUGGUCAGACUGCUCACAGACCUGUGGCCUUGAAGGGAAGAUGUGGCACAGACGGAUGGUGGUUGAGGCGUCUCAGGGGGACGGCAGGCCGUGUCCGUCUCAGAUGGAGCAGUGGAAGCCGUGUCCUGUGAGACCCUGUUACAGAUGGCAGUACGGCCCAUGGUCCGAGUGCCGUGUUGAGUCUUCCUCCGUCAUUGUAGAGGAAGAGCUCUGUGCUGGAUUGGAGCAGGCCGUCGAUGGAGAUAAGAAUAUUGUUCUGGAGGAGACCUGCACCUUACCCUGCCCUGGUGACUGUUACCUGAUGGAGUGGUCCGACUGGAGCCCGUGUCAGAGUGUGUGUGUGAAGGGCCAGCGUUUGGACUUCACUCCGGUGCAGGUCCGUUCACGUGCGGUCAUUGCGCAGGAGCCGGAGAACAUCGCUCAGUGCCCCGAUCAGGAGUGGCAGACCCGGCCCUGCAGCAAUGGGGAGUGUUAUGAGUACCAGUGGAUGGGCAAUCCUCAGCUGAUCUGGUGUCAGCGCUCGGAUGGAAUAAACGUCACAGGUGGAUGCCCUCCAGCUCUACUGCCAGGGACGGACCAGUCAUGUGAUCCACCUUGUGACAAACCACAGUCAUUUUGCUCAGAGGAGGGCGUAUGUAUGUGCGAGGAGGGCUAUACCGAGGUGCUGACGGCCGAGGGGAUGCUGGAGCAGUGUACGCCCAUCCCUGUGCUCGAAAUUCCCACUGCAGGGGACAAGAAAGCUGACGUGAAGACCAGCCGGGCCAUCAACCCCACCCUGUCCACCACGGUACAGCCUGGCCGCGCCGGACGCACCUGGUACCUGCAACCCUUUGGACCUGAUGGAAAGCUGAAGACGUGGGUGUACGGCGUGGCGGCAGGUGUUUUUGUCCUCCUGGUAUUUAUAGUGUCAAUGAUUUACCUCGCAUGCAAAAAGCCAAAGAAACCUCAGCGAAGACAAAAUAAUAAUCGCUUGAAACCCCUGACCCUGGCAUACGACGGAGAUGUGGACAUGUAGCCCUUCUCGGAAAACUAACAUCAUGAAAAAUAUCAUCAGCAAAUGGUUGAAUCUCAUGAAAACAUGUCCUGGUCGCAUUAUACCCCUAAUUCAAAAGAAAAAAUGAAGUAAUGAUAUUUUGCAUAAAUGAAACAAAGCCUAUUUUAGCACCUUUGUACAUUAUAAGAUUAUGAAAAUGACAUUAUUGCAUUAUUUAUGAAAAUGAAGCACUUUCUUUUAUACUGUAAUGCAUCUGAACAAUUUACUUUCAGUGUUUUUGUAAUUCUCAGUAUUGUCAACGGUGAUUCUCAUUUUUUAAAUUAUUUUAAAUCAUAAUAAAUUAAAGACAAUAUAACAAAUAUCAUGAUGUAUUAAUACUUAUUUAGUGAAAUAUAGUAAAAUAUGAGAGUUUUUACAUUACAAUAAGUUUUUGGGGUAAAUGUGCUUA